UGCUCUUCAACUCAGGGCCCACAAAGCUUGGAUUGAGAAGACGUUUCAGAAAAGAGAGUGUAUCCAAAUAUUUCCCAGCAAAGAACCAAACAGGUGCAGUUGUGGUCAGGUAGUGAACCAGCAUGUGGCCAUCAUCCCGGGGGCGACCACUAGGGCGGCGGAAGAGGCAGGUCAGAUCGGUCAGGGGGCGGUGCCCAUGGAACGCUGGUCCGUGCUUAAACACACAAAGGCCACGCCCACAGACACAUACGGCAUCAUGGAGUUUCAGGGAGGAGGACAUGUCAACAAGGCCAUGUACAUCCGUGUGGCAUAUGAUUCCAAGCCAGACAACAUGCUCCACCUGAUGGUGAAAGACUGGCAGCUGGAGCUCCCCACCCUGCUCAUCUCCGUCCACGGGGGACUGCAGAACUUUGACUUGCAGCCCAAACUAAAACAGGUGUUUGGAAAGGGUCUGAUCCAGGCUGCGGUCACCACCGGAGCCUGGAUACUCACUGGUGGAGUCAGCACUGGGGUGAUCCGGCAUGUUGGAGAUGCGUUGAAGGACCACUCCUCAAAGUCCAGGGGGAAAGUAUGUACCAUCGGGAUCGCUCCAUGGGGCAUCGUGGAGAACAAGGAGGAUCUGAUAGGAAGAGACGUGACACGUCCGUACCAGGCCAUGUCCAACCCCAUGUCCAAGCUGUCUGUCCUCAACAACAGCCACUCCCACUUCAUCCUAGCAGAUAACGGGACCCAGGGAAAGUACGGCGCGGAGGUCCGUCUUCGCCGUCAGCUGGAGAAACACAUCUCCCUGCAGAAGAUCAACACACGUCUGGGUCAGGGAGUGCCUCUGGUCUGUCUGAUCCUGGAGGGGGGUCCCAACGUCAUCUCCAUAGUCCUGGAGAGCCUGAGGGAGGACCCCCCUGUCCCGGUGGUGGUCUGUGACGGCAGUGGACGGGCCUCUGACAUCAUCUCCUUCGCACACAGAUACUCUGAGGACGACGGCUUGGUCAGUGAUAGCGUGAAGGACCAGCUCCUGGUCACCAUCCAGAAGACAUUUAACUACAACCGCGGUCAGGCCCAGCAGAUCUUCCUCAUGGUGAUGGAAUGUAUGAAGAAACGAUCUCUGGUGAGUAGGGAAGACAUUAUUAUACAGGAUAUGUUCCCAUAAACUACAUUAGCAUAACACUUAGAAUUCCUCUCCAAUGCAUUGGACAGGAAUUCUAAGUGUUAUGCUAAUAAUGCUAACGAAUUCCUCUCCAAUGCAUUGGACAGGAAUUCUAAGUGUUAUGCUAAUAAUGCUAACGAAUUCCUCUCCAAUGCAUUGGACAGGAAUUCUAAGUGUUAUGCUAAUAAUGCUAACGAAUUCCUCUCCAAUGCAUUGGACAGGAAUUCUAAGUGUUAUGCUAAUAAUGCUAAUGAAUUCCUCUCCAAUGCAUUGGACAGGAAUUCUAAGUGUUAUGCUAAUAAUGCUAACGAAUUCCUCUCCAAUGCAUUGGACAGGAAUUCUAAGUGUUAUGCUAAUAAUGCUAACGAAUUCCUGUCCAAUGCAUUGAGUGCGUCAUAAGUGACGGUUUUAGUAUCUAGACAAUUUGGUAGUUAAAAUGUUUUUUGUUUUUUUAAGCCUUACGUACAUUUUAGAAACAUUUUUUUUACCACAUACUGUAAGUAAAAACCUAAUGUAUUCAAAAUAUAUUCAAACAUUAAAGAUUAUAAUUUGUGAUGAAAGUAAAGCGACAUUUUAAUAAUUGAAUUGUUUUAUGUUAUUUGAUGCAUCAAUAAAACCGUCCCAUUCA